AUGACAAACUUGAAAAUUAGAAUGUCAACUAGGACUAUUAUACUCAACAAUGGCGUAGAAAUGCCUCAACUUGGAUUGGGCACAUGGCAAUCAGCACCAACUCAAGUUUUCGAGGCAGUUAAACACGCUUUGAAGACUGGUUAUAAACAUAUAGAUACAGCUGCAAUAUACGGUAAUGAAACAGAAGUAGGCCAAGGUAUUAAGGAUAGCAAGGUUAACCGCGAGGACAUAUUUAUAACAACUAAGCUUUGGAACUCGAUGCAUCAUCCACAAGAUGUUCCCAUUGCCCUAGAAAACAGCCUACAAGCUCUUGGCUUGGACUACAUCGAUUUAUAUCUAAUGCACUAUCCUUGUGCAAAUGAUAGAACAGCAUUCGAAAAAGAAGGAAAGUACAUCAAGGCUGACAUAGACUACGUUGAUACAUGGAGGGCAAUGGAACUAUUAUUGAAAACGGGAAAAGUGAGAGCCAUUGGGUUGUCAAACUUUUCAAAGAUUGAAUUAAAUAGAAUUCUUGAAAACUGUGAAGUUGUACCCCAGGUUCAUCAAAUGGAAAUGCAUCCUUAUUUGAAACAGGAUGAUUUCUUGCAAUUCAAUAAAGACAAUCAUAUACAUGUAACCGCAUAUUCUCCAUUUGGCAAUCAGAACUCUUGCUACGUUGUCGAAGAUGAACCAAUUUUACUUGAACAUCCUAGCGUUACUAAAAUUAGUGAAAGUGAAAAUGCAAAGCCAGGAAAUGUGCUACUUUCUUGGGCUUUAAUGCGUGGUACUUCUGUCAUCCCAAAGUCUGUUCAAAAAGAUAGAAUUGAACAGAAUUUGAAAGCAGAAGAGUUAGAGUUAAGUGAUCAAAACUUUAAGGACCUUUCCAGCCUCAAGUAUUCCAAAAGAUAUUCUGAUUUCGGUCCAAACGUAGGCUACUGGUAUUAUCAAGAUCUUGAAUGCCCUGGAAAAAAACCAGAGAUUUGA